AGGCUGGCGAUUCGCCCAUCGAGACAAUUGGAACAACAACAAAACAAAAAACAGAACGAGAGAAGAAGCCAAAGCCCCGACCACGUGGACUUUAUUAGCGUUGAGCUGUGACGACUGCCAACUUGCAGUUCUCGUGUUCGUCCUGGCAUUUUCCAGAGCCUGCAGUUGCUGCCUUCGUCGCCUGCUGCCUCCCGCACGACCCAAGCGAGCCCCAGAAAAAAUUCCCGAUAAAAUCAUCACCCGCGCCAGGCAAACCCAGCCCAGCCCCAAAUCCACCCCUGGGCCGGACUGACUUGACCUGCCUUUGUCGCGAAAACGCUAAACCUCGAUAGCGCCUCCUCCCCACCUCGUCCUGCCCCCACACACUGUCUAGUUCUGGUCCCCUACUUUGGUCCCCAGGCACUCUGCUCCCCUUGAUCUACCGUCGGCCGACCGCGUCCUUGUUCCUGUCACUCGUUCUGGCUCGUCGUCCGCCCUGAUAGCGACCGACCAACCCCCGAGCCUGCCACUGCUUCGAAAACGAGCGCUCGUCCACCGGCCUUCGCCAGCUCGCCCUCUCGACUGCCGCCUCGAUAGCCGAGCAAGGACAGCAAGGUCCGAUAGCAGCGACCAACGCGUCGUCACGGCAAAAAAAAGACAACCACAGCCGCCGCCUCCGCCGCCGCCGCAAUCAUGGGUGGCCAGCUCUCUAAGAUGAUGGGCAAGAUCUUCGGAUCCAAGGAGAUGAGGCUGCUGAUGCUGGGGCUCGACGCCGCCGGCAAGACCACUAUCCUGUACAAGCUCAAGCUGGGCCAGGACGUUACCACAAUCCCCACCGUCGGCUUCAAUGUCGAGACGGUCACGUACAAGAAUGUCAAGUUCAACGUUUGGGAUGUCGGUGGCCAGGACAAGAUCCGCCCUCUUUGGAGGCAUUACUUCAGCGGAACCCAGGGCCUGAUCUUUGUCAUCGAUUCGUCGGACCGGAAGCGCAUGGACGAGGCCAGGCAGGAGCUGCAUCGUAUCAUCAAUGACCGGGAAAUGAAGGACAGUCUGCUUCUGGUGUUUGCGAACAAGCAGGACGUUGAAGACGCAAUGAAGCCACAAGAGGUCACAGAGGCCCUCCAGCUCUCCAAGCUUAAGGACAAGAUCUGGUACGUGGUGCCCAGUUGCGCCACGACGGGCGAGGGCUUGCUGGAGGGCCUGGCCUGGCUGUCCAACAAUGUCAAGGCUCCCCCGGCGCCGGCCAAGAAGUAAACGCUGCCAUGUCCCGCCAACUCUGAAGCCUGCCCUCCCCCCGACCGGUCCUUCCUUUUGUCUGCUCUCGCACACCGAUGGUACGACAGCGGCGACGACGGCAUUCCGCAUCGCACAUACACUCUGGCGAAGCCGAAACCUGCUACCCUGAUCAGACGUAUCGAUGCUGGAUACUGCCACUCGGCCAUUGGUAGCUCGCCAGAUUCGAACCAUGCCACGGAGCCGCCCCGCCCCCGUCCGUUGGCCUCCAGGCCCCUCUUGCGCGGGCCGCACGAUGGCCUAUCUAAUCAGAUGGGCGGGCAUGGGGUGUUGGUCUCACCGCAGCUGCGCACCUUGCUGCUUGCCCCAGGCUCCCAGACCAGCAUAUCGUUGUCGCUUUUCCUGAUUCGUGCUCCACCUGCCCUCGCCUUUUUUGCUUUGCGACUCACGUGGGCCUCCACAGGGGGUGUUGGCUACUGUGGUUGUGGUUGACUGUAUGAACAUGCUUCCUCGAGCUCUGGCUCGCUUCUCUUCUAUCCGGUCUUCGGGCUUUUCUGUUUUCCUAUCAGCCAUUGAGCCGGCGUAUCCCCCAUCUUUGGUCCUAUUUGCAUUUUAAUUCAUGCCUCUACGUUCGUUUUGGCUCUGUUACUUUGUCAUGUGGCUUUGUCGAUUUUUGUAACUGUCCUUUUUGUUGUCUCUCUCGGAUGGAGGAUACCCAGCUUGUUUUCCCUGGUUUACUUUGACAAGGCAGGUGGAGGACUUAACUGAGAAAAAAAAAAAAAGCAAAAGACCGACCUCGGUGCCUAGUUUUGUGCGCUUUUGGGUCCGUGGGUGUUGUGUCUGUGAGAGGAGGCUUGGUGAGAUACCGGGGUGGUGGUUGCUUGAGAGUAGUUGCGUGCUUGUCCUUUUGUUUUUAGAUCCUAGGGCAGAACAGAAUCCCACGGUCUCGGCGUACUAGACUUUUGUGAUGAGGGCGGCCGUGUGAGGUGGUACGCCCACCACCAAAAGGAUGGCAAUCUUACAGGUCCUAAGUGUGAAGUAGCAUCGUUAGUGCCGUAGGGCU